UAAUGAGUCAUUAUCAAAAUCCAACAUACAAUCAUGCAUAAAUGAAAAAUCAAGUAGGAGUUUCUAAUUUAAAAAUGCUUGAUGGAGAAGACUUAAGUAUUUUCAUAUAAAUAUUCUAUCUUAGCUGCUGGAGACAGAAGAAAAUUACAGUAACUGUAAAUGAAGGACUGGGUAUAAUAAUAAACCCAAGAGAAUCAAUAGAAAAAACAAUUGAACAAAUAAAUAUAAUAAUAAUAUGAUCAGCAGACAUUAUAGAUUAAUUAGAGUUUAAAAGAAUUAGAGUAAGAGUAAUAAAGGAGAAGAGUUGAAAUGGAAAUUGCCAAUUAACAAAUCAAUAAUUAAUUGGCAAAAGAAAAAUAGGAUAGAGAAGAAUAUAUGGCUAGAUAGGCUUAACUUGAGAAGAAAUAACAUAUGGAAGAAAUAAUGAACAAUGAUGUUUGGACAGAGAAGUAAUUCAAAAAUCUUAUAAUAUAGCACUGCCACUUGUCAAAGUGCUUUAGCUCCUCAUAGAGUGAUACCUUAUCAUUAUAAAGGAAUGUCAGAACAAUAGAGAUAAGAAAUAAGAAAUGAUUAAGCCAAAUAGAGAGAAUAAAACGAAUAAAAAAGAUAAUAAGAAAAAGAAGAUGAAAAAAUGUGGGCAUAAUAUAAUGAAGUAAGAUUCUAUAUAUAUAUUUUUAUAGCAUAAUCGAAAAUAAUUAAUUAUUCAAGAAAGAGAGAAGGCUCGAAAAUUAUAAACACUUAGAAAUAAUUAAAAAGAGUCUAAUUUAUUGUCAUAAACUGAAUAGAAACUUAAAUUAAAAAAUGAAUAUGCAUGA